AUGAGGUAUCACUGUGGCUUCGAGGGCGUGAACUACAUGCAAUCCAGAUUCCACACCGAGAAUGACUUCAACCGUUGGAUUCAGGGCAAGGUGCGUCAAGGUGGAACGCCCGGUGGCCAUUUCAUUACGAUGACAGACUACUUAGAUGCGGAUCCGAACGUCACCCAGCACAUCGUGCGCUAUGAGAAUCUGAAUGCAGAUCUGCGCUUUGUGCUCGGUCUGUACAACAUCACCUUUGAAAGACUGCGGCAUGAUAACGGCGGAGGAAAGCGGAUAUUCAGAAGAGGUAACGUCAGCAACGAGACGCUUGCAUACAUCCGUGCCUACUAUGCCGCGGACUUCGUCAACUUCGGUUACCCGUACUCACUUCGAUUGCUUAACCAGUUCUUCAUUGGUGUCUGCGACAACCCGGCGCAGGCAAAGCCGGCGGAGCCCGAGGCGCCGAGUAUGGAAUUCCUGCAGACGUUGAGGUCAAUUACAGGGGCUCUGCACACGUUUGACGAGGCGAAGAAGUUCGUUGGACUUGUCGGCGUCGCCGCAUUGCUUUUAGGAGUAUCGGCCGUUGCCGCCAAAGACAGCAGCAGCAGAGAUACUCACAUCGGUCUGUCAAGUUUUCGACGGCUUGGCUCUGAGAUUCUGGUGCAGGCUUUGCAAGACUUUCCUUGCCUUUGGAUUCUGGUGGAUCUGUGGAACACGUCGUUCGUCGUGGUGGACGUGCAAGAGUACGAGGAACUUCGGGCUGAGGCCCGGACGGCCCCGAUGCUGCGCAAAACGUGCCGGGAGCUUCGUCGCGAUUGGACUGACGCCGACAAGCUGGAAAAACAGCUACAUGUCCGGAGAAUUGUUCAGAGGGCCCUGAUGCGCCUGGACGCACAGGCCGAGUGCGGGAGCGGUACAACCUCCCAUCAGUGUCCGGACGAAGCAGAGGUCGAGAGCGACACGACGGAGUGCCUCGAUCAACCCCUCGAUCAGCAGACUCAAGAAGAAGAAGCAGGAAGGGUGUCUGCACCUUCUCCGAGCGAACUCGACAGCGACAACGGCUCUACGAAGGAGCUUCCACACCCUGCCCCUUGCCACGGUUCUGCGCGCGAGGUCGUGAUGAAGGAUGGUGAGCAGCCCAACAAGGAGGAAGAUCUGCCUGGAGCGCUCCGGGCCGAAAUGGGCGAAGUUCACGAGGGGACCUCAAGUCAGAUUGAGAUGCAAGAAAAGAAGCGGAAGAGGGGAGCCUCAAUGGACUCGAAGGGCGCGCACGGACCGGAAUCUGACGCUCAGAAGGCGCAGGCAACCAUGGAUCCUCUGCACAAGUCCUUCGAAACUCUGUCCGUCUUGUUGCAAUACCUUUCUGUGACUGACAUCUUGGCCUGGCGUCAGACAUCCCUGGAGAACCGGAGUCCCAAGGUCUUGUUGCAGCACGUGGCCAACCUUUGCCCCUGCAGCUUGGACACGACCGACUUGCUCGUCGCCUAUUCUGAACACAUGAACCGGCCUGCGGGCUCGACUUCAAUCUCCGAAGCCAUGGAUGUCGACAGGCAAAAGUCCUUUCAAUGCCAGGAUUGGUGUCGCACGCUGGCACGUGCCGCAACAGUCCACUCCUUUGAUGAAGAGGACGUGCGCAAGAUCAUCUGCCAGCACCUCCAGAGCGUAUUCAGACUUUCAACAAUCAACCCAGGUGGUGACGCGUUCAAUGCGGCCCACCAUCUGAUUGCAGAAUAUGGUGCAGGUGGCCUGCCCUGCGCGCAAGAGCUGAUUGCAGAAGCUAUGCUCAGUCGGAUGCGACACAUGAUUUCGACGAAAGAACAGUUUUGGGUGAGCUGGCCACAGAUGUUGUGCUGCAUGGAACAUCUCGAGUCUGUCCUUCGAUCGCUGACCAAGCCUCAGCGGCAGGAAUGGGUAUCCUUGCUGGUCACAGGCCUGCAUCGUGUUGAGUGUCGUUUUGAAUCAUUCGAACAAGCCAAAAAAGCUUCAGCUGCGGAGUAUUUCAAUGAAAAGCAGAAGAGGGUGUUGGAGGACCUGGUGCUCCUCUGGUGUGUUGAUGACGAUCCCGGGCAGACUUACCACGAAGUGAAGCCGCAGUUGCUUGCCUGGCAGAGAUCCAGAGCCUUCCAAGACGUGCGAAACAGCUUGGUGUUCCUCCUCAGAUCCUGA